AUGAUCUUGACAUCCCUGCGCCCAUAUGAUCUGUCCGUUGCGAAUGCGCGACAGCCAGUUGUAGCAUCUACAGUUCUAGCUGUUCUUGCUACUCUGAUGACUUUGUUGAGAUACGUAAACCGGCUGGUACAGAAAGCCCCAUUCGGCUGGGAUGAUUUCUUGAUGUUGGGUGCUUUGCUCUCUUCCUAUGCGGAAUUGAUUCUCUACUGGUGCUGUGUCACGCUGGGCGGAACGGGGCGACACGCAGCCGAUGUUGGCUAUCCAGACAUUCUGUUGACGCUCAAGCUGCUUGUGCCCUUCGAGCUUCUAUACAAUCUUUCAAUGACCUGCCUGAAGUGUGGCAUCAUCGCUUUCUAUUUCCGUCUCUUCGGCAGGGACGAGAUAGUCAAGAGAUACGGAAAGGUGAUUAUAUGGGCCACUGUCAUUUGGGGUGUCGCGUCAAUCAUCGUUAUCUUCCUCAUCUGUCGGCCCUUUUCCUACUCAUGGGACACAAGCCAACCUGGAUCGUGCGGCAAUCGGAACGACAUGUAUAUCAUCAAUGGAAUUGGAAACAUGCUCCUUGAUAUUGCAAUUUUGGUUCUUCCGCUUCCCACGAUCUGGAAGCUGAAAUUGCCUACAGCGCAGAAAAUCGGUCUCGCGCUCAUUUUUAGCUUGGGAAUUUUUGUUGCAAUUAUAUCCAUCAUUCGCAUCAAGGAGCUGCUAGCUGUCGACUUUGAAGAUAUCACAUGGUCUCUUCCUGGCGGCUUGGAGUGGACAUGCCUCGAAGAAUCCAUUGCACUGAUUAACGCAAACCUCCCUUUCCUUCGAUCUAUUUUCAAACACAUGACGCCCAAGGCGUUCUCGGCUCAAUGGGCUUCAAAUCAGCAGUCUCGAAGGACAAACACUCGGAAGACAGAUAAAAGUAUUGGCGAUGAUACCGAGGGUACUUUCUCCCUGGUGGAUAAGUCCGUUUCCUCUCAGUAUAUGGAGUUGCCGGAUUAUGGAACAGGGCAUUCCGUGCACUCGCAGUCGGGGCAUUCUUAA